GCCUCGCCCUCGCAGUGCAUGCCGGUCUUGUGCUUGGAGUCGCCAUUUUGCCACUAGAGAUGCUGUCUGAAGACCAGUGCUCUCUUCCUUCAGCGGUCUAGGCUGCAUCGGGGCCUGAGCUGGGGUCUGGGCCAGGGCAUGAAAGAUCUCAAAUGUUCUGACCUGGACCUGGAACGCAGCUCCCCAAGCAGCAGACAUGUAGUUCUUGAACAGACUGCCCGGAUCAUGGUCUGAGGGCCCCAACACGGAUGGAGGUAAGAAGGCUCUUGAUGAUUAUUGCCUGAGGCUCCUAGAUGCACUUCGUGCCACUGCUAACAAGUCUACCAAUCUGUCUCGAGUGAGUGAGCCUCCACAAUCCAGAGAACAACUGGUACUCUGUUUUGGACCUCAAGGGUGUAUUCUUCACUCUGCCCCUCACACGGGUGAGUCAGCUCCUUUUUGCCUUUGAGUGGACUGACCCAGAUUCAGAAGUGAAAGAACAGCUGACCUGGACUCACUUACCUCAGGGCUUUAAGAACUCGCCCACCCUUUUCGAUGAGGCACUAGCCAGAGAUCUUUUGAGAUUUAGGGAAGAACACCCCAAGAUAGUGCUCUGUAUGUGGAUGAGUUGUUGGUAGCCUCCUCUUCAUUAGAGACUUGUCGAGAGACAAGCAAGGAACUGUUAAAGACUUUGGGGCAAUUAGGCUAUAAAGUCUCAGCUAAGAAGGCUCAGUUGUGCCACCAGUCUGUGAUUUACCAGGGCCACAAGUUACAAGAAGGCAAAAGAACUUUGUCUAGAGAAAGAGUCCAAGCCAUAUUACAGAUAACAACCCCAGAAACUACGAAACAAGUAUGCAAGUUUCUGGGAGCUGUCAGGUACUGUAGGCUAUGGAUUCUAAAUUUCAUCAAAAUGGAUUACCUGAUGUAUGUCUCUCUUAAGGGAGAGACCCAAAAGCCAUUAGACUGGACCAAUGACCGCGAGCAGGACUUCUAAUAGCUCAAACAGGCCCUGACCGAGGCUCCAGCCCUGGGACUCCCUAAUGUUACCAAGCCAUUUACCUUGUUUAUAGAUGAACUCAUAGGCAUUGUAAAAAGAGUCUUGACUCAAGACAUUGGCCCUUGGAAGAGGCUUAUAGCCUACCUCUCUAAGAGACUCAAUACAGUAGCAGGAGGGUGGUCCCCAUGCCUAAGAAUCCUAGCCCCUGUGGUGAUGUUACUCAAGGAGGCUAAAAAACUCACUCUUAUACAAAAGAUUUCUGUGGUGACCUCCCACAGUUUAGAGACUCUUCUCAAAACCCCUCCUAAGAAAUGGCUCUCGAACACUAGAAUUUUACACUAUCAGGCUCUGCUGCUAGACCAAGAGUCAGUAGAUUUCAAGGCUUCUGCAGCUUUAAACCCAGCCACCCUUAUGCGCAAUGAUGACCCAGAGAGUCAACACACACCUCUCCAUGAGUGUGCUGACAUCCUAGAUCUACAACAGAGUCUAUGGGAUGAUCUCACCAAUGAGCGUUUGGGAGAUGCCAACAACUAUUUCAUCGAUGGAAGCAGCUUCAUCCAGAACGGCAAAUGAGUGGCCAGGGCAGCAGUGUCCACCGAAAACUUUAAAAGCCUCUUCCCCCAACUGUGAGGUGCAUGGUCUUUGGGUCAAUCCUAAGGAGACUGUGCUCCCAGGAGGCGGUGACCUUUGAGGAUGUGGUUGUGAACUUCAGCAAUGAUGAGUGGACUUUGCUGAGUCCAUCCCAAAAGAACCUCUACAGAAAUGUGAUGGGUGAAAUCUUUAGGAACAUGGCUGCAAUAGGAGGACUUGGGGAUAUCCAGGAAGCUGAAAAAGAAGGCAAAAUUUACUGGAGAUACUUAAGAAAUUACAAGCUAGGGAAAUCCUAUGGACAUACAUCUUGGAAUCAGUGUAAAGAAGUAUUCCUUUGUAUUGCAGAAGGUAAUGUGAAUGUGAAAGUAACAGAAACACACCACAAUGUUCAGAUCCAUGAAAAAUAUUGCAGUGGAGGGAAACCCUAUGUAUGCAAGCAAUGCGGGAAAGGUUUUACCACAAAUGGAAUUUGUAAGAAACAUGAAAGAAUUCACAGAGGAGAGAGACCCUACAUAUGUAAGGAGUGUGGGAAAGCUUUUACAACACGUACAUAUUGUCAAGUACAUGAAAGUCUUCACUCCAGAGAAAAACGUUAUAAAUAUAAGCACUGUGAGAAAGCUUUCAGCACAUGUACUUAUUGUGUAAUCCAUGAAAAACUUCACACUGGGCAGAAAUCGCAUAUAUGUAAGAAAUGUGUGAAAGCUUUUAGCAGUAAAAUUCAUUUUCAAAUACAUGAAAAUGUUCACACUGCAGAGAAACCCUAUGUGUGUAAGCAAUGUGGAAAAGGUUUCACCCAACUUGGACAUUGUAAGGAACAUGAAAGAAUUCACACUGGAGAGAAACCAUAUAUAUGUCAGCAAUGUGGAAAAAGAUUCACCAGAUCUGAACAUUGUAAGCAACAUGAAAGAAUUCACACUGGAGAGAAACCAUAUGUAUGUAAGCAAUGUGGGAAAGCUUUUAACACACAUGCAAGUUAUAAGGUUCAUGAAAGAAUUCACACUGGAGAGAAACCCUAUGUAUGUAAGCAAUGUGGGAAAGCUUUUAGAACACAGGGAGAAUGUAAGAAUCAUGAAAGAAUUCACACUGGAGAGAAACCAUAUGUAUGUAAGCAAUGUGGGAAAGCUUUUACCAGACCUGGACAUUGUAAGGAACAUGAAAGUAUUCACACUGGAGAGAAACCAUAUGUAUGUAAGCAAUGUGGGAAAGCUUUUACCAGACCUGGACAUUGUAAGGAACAUGAAAGAAUUCACACUGGAGAGAAACCAUAUGUAUGUAAGCAAUGUGGGAAAGCUUUUAACACAAGUGCAAAUUGUAAGGUUCAUGAAAGCAUUCACACUGGAGAGAAACCAUAUGUAUGUAAGCAAUAUGGGAAAGCUUUUAAAACACAGGGAGAUUGUAAGAAACAUGAAAGUUCACAUUCAAUAUAAAACCAGUGUAUAUAGGCAUCAUGAGAAUGGUUUCAGCACAUGUACAUAUUGCAUAAUGCAUGAAAAUUUUCACACUGGGCAGAAAACUUACAUAUGUAAGGAAUGUGGGAAAGGUUUCAGGAGAAAUGCUCAUUGUCCAAUACAUUAUAAAAUUUACAUGAUUGAAAAACCCUGUGUAUGUGAAGAAUGUGAGAAAGCUUUCACCACACAUUGAUUUUGUAAAAUACAUCAAUGACUUCACACUGGUGAGAAAGCCUAUGUACAUAACAAUGUGACAAAGCUUUUACUGCAUAUAGUCAUUGCAAAACACAUGAAAGAAUUCACACUGGGAAGAACCACUGGCUAUGUAAGCAAGUGGAGACAUUUUCAGCAGCCAGAUUGUAAGUGAAAUACAUGAAAAAACUCACACAAGAGAUAAUUCCUAUGUGUUAUGGGAAUACUCUCAGCAUACUUGAUCAUUGUUACAUAUCUGAAAGAGCUCACUGGGCAGAGAUGCUAUGGGAUUAACAAUGUGAGAAAUAUGGUAAUCCAUGUUUCUUGUUAAAUACUUAGAAAAAGCAUCACUGUUCAGACAGUUUACUUUAAAAAUCCCAAGGAGACCUGAAGAAAUAAUCAAUACAGAAGUUUGAUGUCAAUAUUUCUUCACAAAUAUUCCAGAAAUGACAAAUCUGAGGUGGAUCUCUACUCAAUUGCAUAUGUUUUUUGAUUUUCAGUUAAUCACUGUACCUCUCUAGAUUUUUUAAAGUGUUUUUGUGCUUCAACAUGGCAUCUUGUAAUUAAACAUGCUAAACUGAAAUGGGCUUUUUCACUUUCAAGUAUGGAUAGUGCCUAUGUACUUAAUAUUUUGUCUUUAAAACUUAAAUUUUAUAUUUUUUGGUGAAUUGUAAUGUUGUUUAUUUAAAGAGAAAAAAUGUAGAAAUAAUACAGAAUUUCAGAAAAAUAAACAAUAAGAAAUCACUAGUUGACUAGUAUCAUAUUGUCAUCUUAGAAGUAGUUGUUCAAGUUACAAAUUUAAAGCAUACAAAGUGAUAUUCAAAUAAUGACACUAUCAACAGUUCACCUCAAUGAUCCACCAAAAAGUUUUUAAUAUGCCUAUCUGUCCUACACAAUUUUUUUUCUUAAAGAGGGUAAGAUUAAACAUGGCGAAACAGAGCAGAACAGUUCAUAAGGAAACAAGUUAAGGAAACACAGAUUUCAAAGCAAGUCCACUGGAAUUGUUCACUGUCUAUCUUACUGUCUCUAUUUUUCUUCCAAAUAGUUGUUCCCAUCCUCACACACAAUGAAUAUAUACUGAAUAUUAUAGAACUAAUCAAAUAAUUACAGGAUGAUGCAGGCUUUUUCAAUAUUCAAGACUGAUUUUGGGGAAGUCGAUAUUGACUACCAUAAUGUCUCUCAUUCUCUUCAUAGUAGCUGUCUUUAUCUUUAUGUAUGCUGAAAUGGAACACAAGAGACUAGACUAAUAUCACUCUGAACAGUGAAUAAUAGUAUCCUGAGAAGGAGAAAGCUGAGGAAUUGCCUAAUAAAAGAAGGCAGAGGACAUUGUUAAAAGUGUAUCAGGACUUAAAAGCUAAAGUAGUCUUGUUGUUCUGUUUAGUUUAAUUAUAUUUUGUUCUGGUCUGUCUACUCAUAUUAGAUUUGAGGGCACAGAGAGAUAACCCAAAAAUAUCAGGUUAUACCAUGGUAAUUAUCCUUAAUUUCCUAUUAACUAAAACUGAAUACCUAUAUUACUUACAUUGUCUUCUAUGACUGAUCUUCUUUGAAGCUGGAUUGUUUCAAUGUUAUUUGGCCUUGAGUGAUUUUAUUCACAUUUGGUAUGCUUGUUGGUAUCAAGUUCAAGAGCAGAGGCAACUACUCUGAAGAUGGAAAGAUGUAAAAGAUAUCCAUUGGUGUGCUGGGGAUUUAGCUCAGUGGCUUAAGCACCUGCCUGGCAAGGGUGAGGUCAUGAGUUUGAUUUCCAGAGCCAAAAAAAUAAAUGAAUAAAAGAUA